CGGCGCUGCGCUGCGCCGUGCUGCGCUCCAGCCGGGACCCGGCCGGGGCCGCUGGAUGCCGCGUCUCCACUCCUGCUGCCUGCCGGGCGGGCUCCGGCGGCCGCUACAAGGUAGGGUCCAAAGACCCCGUGUUACGCAUUCAUAGUUCGCUGGGGACACAACCCCUAAAGCCAGCACAUCCACCAUGUUUAACCUCAUGAAGAAAGAUAAGGACAAAGAUGGUGGGCGGAAGGAGAAGAAGGAGAAGAGGGAGAAGAAGGAGCGCAUGUCAGCCGCAGAACUGCGGAGUCUGGAAGAGAUGAGCAUGCGCCGCGGCUUCUUCAACCUGAACCGGUCCUCCAAGCGUGAAUCCAAGACUCGCCUGGAAAUCUCCAACCCCAUCCCUAUCAAGGUGGCCAGCGGCUCCGACCUGCACCUGACAGACAUCGACUCUGACAGCAAUCGGGGCAGCGUCAUCCUGGACUCGGGCCACCUAAGCACAGCCAGCUCCAGUGAUGACCUCAAGGGUGAGGAAGGCAGCUUCCGGGGCUCUGUGCUGCAGCGGGCAGCCAAGUUCGGCUCCCUGGCCAAGCAGAACUCUCAGAUGAUUGUCAAACGUUUCUCCUUCUCCCAGAGGAGCCGAGAUGAGAGUGCUUCAGAGACGUCGACCCCCUCUGAGCACUCUGCAGCUCCAUCACCUCAGGUAGAGGUGAGGACGCUUGAGGGACAGCUAUUGCAGCAUCCUGGGCUAGGCAUCCCUCGAUCAGGACCACGGUCUCGAGUCCCCGAGCUGGUGACUAAAAGAUUCCCCGCUGACCUACGUCUCCCUGCUGUGGUGCCCCCGCCACCUCCUGCUCUCCGGGAGCUAGAGUUGCAGCGACGACCCACGGGAGACUUUGGCUUCUCACUACGGCGCACAACCAUGCUGGACCGGGCCCCUGAGGGGCAGGCUUAUCGGCGGGUGGUUCACUUUGCCGAGCCAGGCGCAGGCACCAAGGACCUGGCCUUGGGGCUGGUGCCAGGAGAUCGGCUGGUGGAGAUUAACGGACAGAAUGUGGAAAAUAAGUCCAGGGAUGAAAUCGUAGAGAUGAUCCGGCAGUCUGGGGACAGUGUGCGGCUCAAGGUGCAGCCCAUCCCAGAGCUCAGCGAGCUGAGCCGGAGCUGGCUGCGAACUGGUGAUGGACACCGCAGGGAGCCGGCUGAUCUGGACCCCGAGGCCGUCUCUCCUGCCCACAGCCAGGUAGGGUGCUCCUGCCCCACUCAGGAGCCCUCUGCUUUCUCCGGUGACAACCCAGCAUCCCCACCUUGCACCUGGGUUGGCGUCUGUGCUCGGGCCUCCUGCUGGAGUGCCAGGACGGAAGAGCAGAUUGCUGCUGAGGAGGCCUGGUAUGAGACCGAGAAGGUGUGGCUGGUCCAUAAGGAUGGGUUCUCCUUAGCUAGCCAGCUCAAGUCGGAGGAGCUCAGCCUACCUGAGGGGAAGGUGCGUGUCAAACUAGACCACGAUGGAGCCAUCCUGGACGUGGACGAAGAGGACGUGGAGAAGGCGAAUGCUCCCUCCUGUGACCGCCUGGAAGACCUGGCCUCCCUGGUGUAUCUCAACGAGUCCAGCGCCCUGCACACACUACGCCAGCGCUAUGGGGCUAGCCUGCUACACACCUAUGCCGGCCCCAGCCUGCUGGUCCUCAGCCCCCGAGGGGCCCCUGCUGUGUAUUCAGAGAAGGUGUUACACAUGUUCAAGGGGUGUCGGAGGGAGGACAUGGCACCCCACAUCUACGCCGUGGCCCAAACUGCAUAUAGGGCAAUGUUGAUGAGCCGCCAGGACCAGUCCAUUGUCCUUUUGGGCAGCAGCGGCAGCGGCAAGACCACCAGCUUUCAGCAUUUGGUGCAGUAUCUGGCUACUAUCGCUGGUACCAGUGGGAGCAAGGUGUUUUCUGUGGAGAAGUGGCAGGCCCUGUCCACCCUCCUGGAAGCCUUUGGAAACAGCCCGACCAUCAUGAACAGCAGUGCCACCCGCUUCUCUCAGAUCCUCUCCCUGGACUUUGACCAAGCUGGCCAGGUGGCCUCGGCCUCCAUUCAGACGAUGCUUUUGGAGAAGCUGCGUGUGGCCCGGCGCCCAGCCGGCGAGGCCACUUUCAACGUCUUCUACUACCUGCUGGCCUGUGGGGAUGGUACCCUCAGGACAGAGCUCCACCUGAACCACUUGGCAGAGAACAACGUGUUUGGCAUCGUGCCCCUGGCCAAGCCUGAGGAGAAGCAGAAAGCUGCUCAGCAGUUCAGCAAACUACAGACAGCCAUGAAGGUGUUGGCCAUCUCCCCCGAGGAACAGAAGGCCUGCUGGCUCAUCCUGGCUUCCAUCUACCACCUGGGGGCUGCUGGAGCUACCAAAGCUGGACGUAAGCAGUUUGCCCGCCACGAGUGGGCCCAGAAGGCCGCAUACCUGCUGGGCUGCAGCUUGGAAGAACUCUCCUCAGCUAUCUUCAAGCACCAGCUAAAAGGUGGCACCCUGCAGCGGUCCACCUCCUUCCGUCAGGGCCCCGAGGAGAGCGGCCUGGGAGAGGGCACCAAACUGAGUGCUCUGGAGUGCUUAGAGGGCAUGGCAUCUGGCCUCUACAGCGAGCUCUUUACUCUCCUCAUCUCCCUGGUGAACAGGGCUCUCAAGUCUAGCCAGCACUCGCUCUGCUCCGUGAUGAUUGUGGAUACGCCAGGGUCCCAGAACCCUGAGUGGGGCGGGUCAGCCCGGGGAGCCUCCUUUGAGGAGCUGUGCCACAACUACGCCCAGGACAGGCUGCAGAGGCUGUUCCACGAGCGCGCCUUCCUGCAGGAGUUGGAGAGAUACAAGGAGGAGAACAUCGAACUGGCAUUUGAUGACUUGGAGCCAGCCACAGAUGACUCCGUGGCCGCUGUGGACCAGGCUUCCCACCAGCCCCUGGUUCGCUCACUGGCUCAUGCUGAUGAGGCAAGGGGACUACUGUGGCUCCUGGAAGAGGAGGCACUGGUGCCAGGUGCCACUGAGGAUGCCCUCCUCGACCGUCUUUUCUCCUAUUAUGGGCCCCAGGAAGGUGACAAAAAAGGCCAGAGUCCAGUUCUACGAAGUAGCAAACCAAGGCAUUUUCUCCUGGGCCACAGCCACGGUACCAACUGGGUGGAGUACAAUGUGGCCGGCUGGCUGAACUACACCAAGCAGAACCCAGCCACCCAGAAUGCACCCCGGCUCCUGCAGGAUUCCCAGAAGAAGAUCAUCAGCAACCUGUUUCUGGGCCGCGCAGGCAGUGCCACGGUGCUCUCAGGAUCCAUUGCAGGCCUGGAAGGUGGCUCCCAGCUGGCCUUGCGCCGGGCGACUAGCAUGAGGAAAACCUUUACCACGGGCAUGGCCGCUGUCAAGAAGAAGUCGCUGUGCAUACAGAUUAAGCUACAAGUGGAUGCCCUCGUUGACACCAUCAAGAGGUCCAAGAUGCAUUUUGUGCACUGUUUCCUGCCUGUGGCUGAGGGCUGGCCCGGGGAGCCCCGAUCUGCCUCUUCCCGCCGAGUUAGCAGCAGCAGUGAGCUGGACCUGCCCCCGGGGGACCCCUGUGAGGCUGGGCUGCUCCAACUGGAUGUGUCCCUGCUCCGUGCCCAGCUUCGGGGAUCCCGCCUGCUUGAUGCAAUGCGCAUGUACCGCCAAGGUUACCCAGACCACAUGGUGUUUUCCGAGUUCCGCCGUCGCUUUGAUGUCCUGGCUCCCCACCUGACCAAGAAACACGGGCGCAACUACAUAGUGGUGGAUGAGAAGCGGGCUGUGGAGGAGCUUCUGGAGUCCCUGGACCUGGAAAAGAGCAGCUGCUGCAUGGGCCUGAGUCGGGUUUUCUUCCGGGCAGGCACGUUGGCACGGCUGGAAGAACAGCGAGACGAGCAAACCAGCAGGCACCUGACCCUGUUCCAGGCGGCUUGCAGGGGCUACCUCGCCCGCCAGCACUUCAAGAAGAGAAAGAUCCAGGACCUGGCCAUCCGCUGUGUGCAGAAGAACAUCAAGAAGAACAAAGGGGUGAAGGAUUGGCCCUGGUGGAAGCUCUUCACCACCGUGCGGCCCCUCAUCCAAGUUCAGCUGUCAGAAGAGCAGAUCCGCAACAAAGACGAGGAGAUCGUGCAGCUACGCAGCAGGCUUGAGAAGGUGGAGAAAGAACGGAAUGAGCUCCGCCUCAACAGCGACCGGCUGGAGACCAGGAUCUCAGAGCUGACAUCGGAGCUGACUGAUGAGCGUAACACAGGAGAGUCCGCCUCCCAGCUGCUGGACGCAGAGACGGCCGAGAGGCUCCGAGCUGAGAAGGACAUGAAAGAGCUCCAGGCCCAGUACGAUGCACUGAAGAAGCAAAUGGAAGUGAUGGAGUUGGAGGUGAUGGAGGCCCGGCUCAUUCGGGCGGCCGAGAUCAACGGGGACGUGGACGACGAUGAUGCAGGGGGCGAGUGGCGGCUGAAGUACGAACGAGCCGUUCGGGAGGUGGACUUCACCAAGAAGCGGCUCCAGCAGGAGUUGGAAGACAAGAUGGAGGCGGAGCAGCAGAGCAGAAGGCAGCUGGAGAGGCGGCUUGGGGACCUGCAAGCAGAUAGUGACGAGAGUCAGCGGGCGCUACAGCAGCUCAAGAAGAAGUGCCAACGGCUCACAGGUGAGCUGCAAGACACCAAGCUGCACCUGGAGGGCCAGCAGGUCCGAAACCAUGAGCUGGAGAAGAAGCAGAAGAGGUUUGACAGCGAACUUUCCCAGGCACACGAGGAGACCCAGAGAGAGAAGCUGCAAAGGGAGAAACUUCAGCGGGAGAAGGACAUGCUCCUGGCUGAGGCUUUCAGCUUGAAACAGCAGCUGGAGGAAAAAGACACGGACAUUGCAGGGUUUACCCAGAAGGUCGUUUCCUUGGAGGCUGAGCUUCAGGACAUCUCUUCCCAAGAGUCCAAGGAUGAGGCUUCUCUGGCCAAGGUCAAGAAGCAGCUCCGGGACUUGGAGGCCAAGGUCAAAGAUCAGGAAGAGGAGCUGGAUGAGCAGGCGGGGAGUAUCCAGAUGCUGGAGCAGGCCAAGCUGCGCCUGGAGAUGGAGAUGGAGAGGAUGAGACAGACCCAUUCCAAGGAGAUGGAGAGUCGUGAUGAGGAGGUGGAAGAGGCCCGGCAGUCAUGCCAGAAGAAGUUGAAACAGAUGGAAGUGCAACUUGAGGAAGAGUACGAAGACAAGCAGAAGGCGCUGCGGGAAAAGCGGGAGCUAGAGAGCAAGCUCUCCACGCUCAGUGACCAGGUGAACCAGCGGGACUUCGAAUCAGAGAAGCGGCUGAGGAAAGACCUGAAGCGCACCAAAGCGCUGCUGGCGGAUGCCCAGAUCAUGCUGGACCACUUAAAGAACAACGCCCCCAGCAAGAGGGAGAUUGCCCAGCUAAAGAACCAGCUGGAAGAGUCGGAGUUCACCUGUGCAGCUGCUGUAAAAGCACGGAAAGCAAUGGAGGUGGAGAUGGAGGACCUGCACCUGCAGAUUGACGAUAUUGCCAAAGCCAAGGCAGCGCUGGAGGAGCAGCUGAGCCGACUUCAACGUGAGAAAAACGAGAUUCAGAACCGGCUAGAAGAGGAUCAGGAGGACAUGAAUGAGCUGAUGAAGAAGCAUAAGGCAGCCGUGGCCCAGGCCUCCCGGGACAUGGCACAGAUGAACGACCUCCAGGCUCAGUUAGAAGAAUCCAACAAGGAGAAGCAAGAGCUACAGGAGAAGCUACAAGCCCUGCAGAGCCAGGUGGAGUUCCUGGAACAGUCCAUGGUGGACAAGUCCCUCGUCAGCAGGCAGGAAGCAAAGAUCAGGGAGCUGGAGACACGCCUGGAGUUCGAAAAGACCCAAGCGAAGCGUCUGGAGAGCCUGGCUACCCGGCUCAAGGAGAACCUGGAGAAGCUGACUGAGGAACGGGACCAGCGCACUGCAGCGGAGACCCGGGAGAAGGAACAGAACAAGAGGCUCCAGCGGCAGCUCCGUGACACCAAGGAGGAGAUGAGCGAGCUCGCCAGGAAGGAAGCCGAGGCCAGCCGCAAGAAACAUGAGCUGGAGAUGGACCUUGAGAGCCUGGAAGCCGCGAACCAGAGCCUGCAGGCUGACCUAAAGUUGGCGUUCAAGCGCAUUGGGGACUUGCAAGCCGCCAUUGAGGACGAGAUGGAGAGCGACGGGAACGAAGACCUUAUCAACAGUGAGGGGGACUCGGAUGUGGACUCCGAGCUGGAGGACCGGGUCGACGGGGUCAAGUCCUGGUUGUCAAAGAACAAGGGACCUUCUAAGGCAGCUUCUGAUGACGGCAGCUUGAAGAGUUCCAGCCCGACCAGCCACUGGAAGUCCCUCGCCCCCGACCCCUCAGACGAUGAGCACGAGCCUGUGGGCAGCACCUGUAGAGCCCGAUUCUCCCACAAAUAUUUGAGUGACAGCGACACAGAGGCCAAGAUGACAGAGACCAAUGCGUAGCCCGGGGGAGCGGCUCACAGCCCUCCCACCUCACAGCCUCUCCCAGGAAA